AUGGCGACCGCUGACAAGGGAGUGGUGCUUGUGACCGGAGCGUCGGGCUUCAUUGCGGGAAGCGUGGUCCAGCUGCUCCUCGAGCGUGGCUACAAGGUGCGAGGCACCGUGCGUAGCCUCGCCGACGAGACCAAGGUGAGCCACCUGCGCGAGCUCUUCCCCGCGCUCCAGCUCUUCGAGGCCGACCUUCUCACCGAGGGCAGCUUCGACGAGGCCUGCAAAGGAGCCGACUACGUGAUGCACACGGCGUCGCCCUUCCAGAUUACCGUGAGCGAUCCUCAGAAGGAUCUGGUCGACCCGGCUCUCAAGGGCACGCUCAACGUGCUGCACGCCGCUGCCAAGUCGGGCACCGUCAAGCGCGUGGUGGUUACCUCCUCCUGCGCUGCCGUCGCCUGGCAGGCCACGCCUCCCGAUGACAAGGUGUGGACCGAGGAGGACUGGAACGAGGACUCGACGCUGGAGAACGCGCCCUACAGGCUGAGCAAGACGCUGGCCGAGCGGGCCGCGUGGAAGUUCGUGAACGAGGGCGAGGGCAAGGGCAAGUUCGACCUGGCCGUGAUCAACCCGUCGUUCGUCCUCGGCCCGCCCCUCUCGGCCCGCACUGACAGCGAGAGCGUGCGCGCCGUCAAGGGCUUCCUCUCCGGCACCUUCAAGAAGGACGGCUGCCGCCCCUCCUGCUUCGGCUGCGUCGAUGUGAGGGAUGUGGCGUUGGCGCACGUGGUUGCGAUGGAGAAGCCUGAGGCCGGUGGUCACAGGUUCAUCGCGUCGUCGCCCACGGGCAUCUCGCACCUGGAGCUGGUCGAGAUGCUGCGCGCCGACCCCGAGCUGGCCGCCUUCCGCGACCGUCUGCCCACCACCGAGAGCGCGCCCGUGACCCACCGCCCCAAGUACAGCCGCAGCAAGGCCGAGCAGCAGCUGGGCAUCACCUUCACGCCCAUCGAGAAGUCCGUCACCGACAUGGCCAAGGCCCUGAUCUCCCUCGGCAUCGUGCCGCAGCGAUGA